AUGAUAUCGAAAGAGGAUAAAGAUAAUUCGGAAUGUAAUACAACAUCCAAUGCUAUUGAUAUUAGUCCAAAUAAAGAUGGUGGAGUUUUAAAAGAAAUUAUUAAAGAAGGUGAAGGUACGACUUUUCCGAGUAUCAAAAGCAAUUUAACAGUUCAUUACAAAGGUACUCUCACUGAUGGUACCGUAUUCGAUUCAAGCUAUGAUAAAGGAACUCCUCUAAACUUUGUUCUUGGAGUAGGCAAGUGCAUGACUUUUUCAUGGGAUAUAGGUUUAGCUACAAUGAAAAAAGGAGAAGUAGCACUUUUAACAUGUAAGCCAAAAUAUGCUUAUGGUGAAAAUGGAAUGCCUCCUAAAAUUCCACCCAAUUCGACAUUAAUUUUUGAAAUAAAACUAAUCGAUUGGACAUUAGAAAACCUGAGUAAAAAAAAUGACAAUGGAAUAUUAAGAAGAGUAAUUCAAAAAGGGGUAGAAUAUUCGAAACCUGAUCAAGGAGGAUUAGUCAAAGUUCACAUAACUGGAAUAUACAAUGGUAAAGUGUUUGAUGAUAGAUCAUUGUCGUUUAAUUUGGGAGAAGGAUGUGAAGUGAAUGUUAUCGAAGGAAUUGAAAUUGCACUCCUUCAAUUUAAUAAAAAAGAAAAAUCAAGUCUUGAAAUAAAGCCAGAAUAUGCUUUUAAACAUGAAGGAAAUGCAGAAUUUCAAAUUCCACCAGAUGCAACUGUUACUUAUGAAGUGACAUUGGAAGAUUUUGAAAGAGUCAAACAAACUUGGGAAAUGGAUUCAUCUGAAAAAUUAUCCCAAGCUGAACUUUACAAAGAAAAAGGAAUCAAAUAUUUUAAAGAAGAAAAAUAUUUACAAGCAGCUAAUUUUUUUAAGGAUUCAUUAAAUUAUAUUUCUUCAGACGUAGGUUUUAGUGAAGAUGAAGAAACCUUAAGAAACAGAUUACUAAUAGCUGUAAGAUUAAAUUUGGCUAUUACAUAUUUAAAACUAAACCAAAAUUAUGAAGCAAUAAAAGAAUGCGAUGAAGCUUUGAAAUUAGAUUCGAAUAACAUAAAGGGUUAUUUUAGAAGAGGACAGGCUUACUUUAAUAUAUCGGAACCAGACAAAGCCAAACUGGAUUUUGAAGCUGUUCUUAAAAUUGAGCCAAACAAUAAACUUGCAUCAUCUCAAAUAUUAGCUUGUUGCAGAAAAAUAAGCGAACAGAAAAAAAUUGAGCAAAAAUUUUAUGCCAACAUGUUUAGUAAAUAUACGGAAAAUGAUAAAAAAGCGUUGGCUUAA